AUGGUGAAUCAUACAACAAAUUCGGAGGGUGUUUCUAUUGUGGAAAGAAAGGCCACAGGUGGCAGCAGUGCUUCAAAAGGAAGAAGAAACUUCCGACGCUCUGGAAAUCAAAAAGGUGUUGGAUUGAGCCCACAAGGACUAACAAGAAACAGAAGCAUCAGCUGGAGAGCAUACAGGGACAACUCCCUCAUGAAACACAUCCCUGUGCUCACACUUAAAAGGAAGCAGUGGGUUAUCAAACUCCUUCUUACUCAGUUAGUAUGGAACCAACGUGUGAGGUGUGCAACCGUAAGACACAGACUCUGGCUGACUGGGAAUUGUCAAGCUAGAAUGAGAACUGAGCAUAUGUAUGCUGAUGUGAAGACUAUUCUGAGUUGA